UGUUCCCAGAGUUCCCCCUCCAGUGAUGAUGAGAACAUGGUUCCAGUACUAACCUCCAGAAAAGCCAGUGAACUCCCCGUGAACGAAGCCGCGUACGUCCUGCAGGCUGACCUGCAGGUGGGUCUGACCCAGGAGGAGGUGGUCCGGAGGAGAGCGUUCCACGGCUGGAAUGAGUUCGACAUCAGCGAGGAGGAACCACUAUGGAAGAAGUACAUCUCUCAGUUCAAGGACCCCCUUAUCCUGCUGCUGCUGUCCUCUGCAGUCAUCAGUGUCCUCAUGCAUCAGUUUGAUGAUGCCAUUAGCAUCACUGUGGCCAUCAUCAUUGUGGUGACUGUCGCCUUCGUGCAGGAGUAUCGAUCUGAGAAGUCUUUAGAAGAAUUAGGGAAGUUAGUACCGCCUCAAUGUCACUGUAUCAGGGAAGGGAGUCUGGAGCAGUUACUGGCCAGAGAGCUGGUUCCUGGAGACACUGUCUGUCUGUCAGUGGGGGAAAGGGUCCCAGCAGACCUCCGCCUCUUCGAGGCGACAGACCUGUCGGUGGAUGAAUCCAGUCUGACGGGGGAGACCACCCCCUGCACCAAGUCUACGUCCCACCAGCCCCCUGCCUCCAACGGGGACAUGGCCUCCCGCAGCAACAUCGCCUUCAUGGGGACGCUGGUGCGCUGCGGUAAAGCCAAGGGCAUCGUCAUCGGAACCGGAGAGAACUCUGAGUUCGGAGAAGUUUUCAAGAUGAUGCAGGCAGAAGAGGCUCCGAAAACUCCUCUGCAGAAGAGCAUGGACCUGCUGGGGAAACAGCUGUCUCUGUAUUCAUUUGGGAUCAUCGGUGUCAUCAUGUUGGUGGGCUGGCUGCAGGGGAAGAAGACUCUGGACAUGUUCACCAUCGGUGUCAGCCUGGCGGUCGCUGCCAUCCCGGAGGGGCUACCCAUCGUAGUGACGGUCACGCUCGCACUGGGCGUCAUGAGAAUGGUGAAGAAACGAGCCAUCGUGAAGAAGCUUCCCAUCGUGGAGACUCUCGGCUGCUGCAACGUGAUCUGCUCCGAUAAAACUGGAACUCUGACCAGGAACGAGAUGACGGUCACACAGAUCUUCACCUCUGAUGGAUUCCAUGCAGAGGUGACAGGCGUUGGUUACAACGGAGCCGGAGAGGUUUUGGUGAACGGAGAGGUGGUCCACGGCAUCGCCUGCCCUUCAGUCAGCAGAGUGGUGGAGGUGGGCUGUGUGUGUAACGACUCGGUCAUCAGGAACUACAGCCUGCUGGGAAGGCCCACAGAGGGCGCUCUCCUCUCUCUGGCCAUGAAGAUGGGCAUGGAGAGUGUUCGUCAGGAGUACAUCAGAGUGAAGGAGCAUCCCUUCACUUCCGAGCAGAAAUGGAUGGCAGUCUGCUGCGUUCACCGGACUCAGCAGGAUAAACCUGGACUCUACUACAUGAAGGGAGCGUACGAGCAGGUGAUUCGGUUCUGCAGCUCUUACAACAGUCAGGGAACGACGCUUCCUCUCAGCCACCAGCAGAGGGAGCUCUACCAGCAGCAGAUCAGCUACAUGGGCUCAGCUGGACUCAGAGUGCUGGCCUUCGCCUCCGGCCUUGAGAUGGGGAAACUCACCUUCGUGGGUCUGGUUGGUAUCAUCGACCCCCCGAGGUCAGGGGUCAAAGAGGCCGUUGCGACGCUGAUCAGCUCCGGAGUCGCCAUCAAGAUGAUCACCGGAGACUCUCAGGAGACAGCCGUGUCCAUAGCCAGCCGCCUGGGUCUGUUCUCUAAAGGAUGUCAGUGUCUGUCAGGAGAAGAAGUCGAUCAUCUCGACCUGCAGCAGCUGUCAAACAUCGUCCCAAGAAUCGCUGUGUUUUAUCGAGCCAGUCCCAGACAUAAGCUGAAGAUUGUCAAGUCCCUGCAGAACAUCGGCGCCGUGGUGGCCAUGACGGGUGACGGGGUGAACGACGCCGUGGCGCUGAAGGCCGCCGAUAUCGGCGUGGCGAUGGGCCAGACAGGCACCGACGUCUGUAAGGAGGCCGCCGACAUGAUCCUGGUGGACGACGACUUCCAGACCAUCAUGUCGGCCAUCGAGGAAGGAAAAGGAAUCUAUAACAACAUCAAGAACUUUGUCUGCUUCCAGCUCAGCACGAGCAUCGCGGCGUUGACUCUCAUCUCCUUGGCGACUCUGAUGAAUUUCCCGAACCCGCUGAACGCCAUGCAGAUUCUGUGGAUCAACAUCAUCAUGGACGGGCCGCCGGCACAGAGUUUGGGGGUGGAGCCUGUGGACAGCGACGUGAUCAGGAAGCCUCCCCGGAACGUGCGAGACAGCAUCAUCACCCGCAGCCUCAUGGUGAAGGUCCUGGUGUCGGCGCUCAUCAUCGUCAGCGGGACGCUCUUCGUCUUCUGGUGGGAGCUGCGGGACAACGUCAUCACUCCUCGGGACACGACCAUGACCUUCACCUGCUUCGUCUUCUUCGACAUGUUCAACGCUCUGAGCUCGCGCUCUCAGACCCGGAUGGUCCAUGAGAUGGGGCUGUGCAGUAACAGGACCUUCUGUUGGGCCGUCCUGGCCUCCAUCAUGGGUCAGCUGCUCGUCAUCUACUUCCCUCCUCUGCAGAACGUCUUCCAGACCGAGAGCCUCAGCUUGUUCGACCUGCUCUUCCUGCUCAGCCUCACCUCUUCGGUGUGUGUGGUGUCGGAGUUCAUAAAGAAGGCGGAGCGCUGGUUAGGAGCACAUCGAGCUCCGCCCACUGACUACUUCCACCAGGUAUGA